GCUAUGUGUGGCGUGGCAAGAUCUAGCAGCACAAGGUUAUGAGAUGGAACUGCGAGCACUGUUUUCACUGCGUACGGCCGAGAAAAUUGCUAGCUAUCUGGAGUCGAAGAAGAACGCAAUGGAAAUAUCGGGCGAUAAGAUCCCUACAACGACGUCUUCCGCUUUUGAAAUCCCACUCUCACCCCAGCAAAAGCGACUAUGGUUCCUGGCGAAGAUGUAUCCGGAUCGCGACUCCUAUAUUAUCCGUCUUCAGAUGAACUUUGAUGGUCAACUGGACGAAUUGAAGUUAAGGCAGUCCUUCAACGCGCGUUUCGUGAUGCAAGCAAUCCGCUUACAAGGUCAAGGAUUGAUUCUGUCGGAAUGGAGCCGGUGCUA